AUGGAAGAGAAACUAAAAGGAAAAAUACAACUACUAAGUCUUACAAUAAGCAAAACAAAUGGCGUUCUCGACAAGGGUAUUCCUGAGAAAAUCGAAAGGCAUAAAGAUGCUUUAAGCAAGGUCAUAGCGUCGAUCGAAGAGUCAAAACGAGAGGUCGAGCAGAGCAAACUCGAGAAAGGCGAAUUACUUAAAGACGUAGAAGCUUGGGGCCGUGAAAUUGAAGAAAAAAUCGAUGAAGGCGACACUGAAAUGACACGCUUGCGAGAAUAUUUAGAUGAUGUGGCGUCGAAAGCAGAGCAAUAUAAAUGGCGAAAACAAGAGGAAUUCGCGGCUAAACAAUACGAGGACCAACUGAGAUAUGACAAAGCGCUCUUUGAGCAGAAAAUCGAACUUGAAAAAGCGAUAAAACAUACAACAACGAAAGCGGCGAAAUCAGAGCGAGUAAGAUUACCGAAACUUGAGAUUACGAAAUUUGACGGGGCACUUGAGAACUGGUUACCGUUCUGGAAUAAAUUCGAAGCGGAAAUUGAUUCCUCGGACAUGGUAGCUGUGACAAAGUUUGCGUAUUUAAUUAAAGGAAUUCUUGGAACCCAAAGUUCGUCAAGGUAUCGACGGUUUACAAUUUACCACCGAAGGCUACGAAAGAGCCAAGAACAUCUUGAAGACAGAGUACGGGAAGGUUAGUGAAAUCGUAAAUACGUAUAUCGAAAAUAUUAUGGCUCUACCAGUCGUUGUGGGUUCUCAGCCUUUAAAGGUGCAUGAAUUUUAUCACAAACUAGCAUAUAACGUACAGUCUUUGGAAAGUUUGGGGAAAUUAAGCGUGUGUUGGGGACUGGUGCGGAGCGUCUUAAACAAGUUGAAAGGAAUCAAGGCUGACCUAGUUAGAGGGCAAACAGAAUGGCAAACGUGGGGGUUCCCGGAGUUAGUUAAAGCUUUACAAAUCUGGAAAGAUAUCCACCCUAUCCCAUUGAAUGAUCCCCACCUCCCAUUAAGCCCCCAAGAUUGCGCAAGAGUUUCCACGUACAACAAAGUGGGUCACAUCAAAGAGGCUGUGUGUAUUGUGAUGAUAAGUCUCAUAAGUCACCCGAGUGUAAGGAAUGUGUGUCGAUCGAAGACCGGAAACGGAAGUUAAGAGAUAAAGCUCUGUGUUUUAACUGCACUGGGAACAAUCAUCGCGCAGCCCAGUGCCGAAGUCGAACGAACUGUCUUAACUGUAAACAGAAACAUCACACCUCGAUAUGUGAUAAAGUUGUCGGGGAACAGAAAGCAAUGACAGCAUCAACCGAAGGCGAGAAAGUAUGUCAUCCAGUCGUAGUGGUCAAUGCAAAUGGGACUAAAUGUCGAGCACUAUUGGAUACCGGUGCAACGGGCUCAUACGCAUCGGCAUAUUUGUUAGAUCUAUUGAAGCUAAAGCCCAAAACCACACUGAACCGACGUAUUCAAACCAUCAUGGGAAUCGAGACAAAGAAUAUCCAUGUCUACGACAUCAAAGUGGGCAAUCUCAAGGGCGAUUGCGAAAUUCUGGUAUGCGUGACGAAAAUUGAAAGGUCCGAACUGCUGUCGCUAGAUAACCCUGAUUAUCCAGAAAUGAUUAAGAAGUAUAACCAUCUACGUGGAGUUCGUAUGGAUGAUGUUGAUAAGAAGAGCAAACUUCCGGUUCAUCUUAUACUGGGAACGAAUGAAUACACGAAGAUCAAGACGUCUGAAGCUCAACGAGCAGGGGCUAUGGGGGAGCCGGUAGCCGAACAUACCAAAUUUUGAUGGACAAUAAUGUCGACAGGAAAAGAAGUAAACAUGGAAAGUAUGUUCUUGACUCAGACCACCACCAGCGAUUACGAAAACCUUUGCAGAUGGAUGUUCUCGGGUUGGAAGACAGUCCUUGUGGUGACCAAAGUAUGAUACAUUCCGAGUUCCUUGAACAACUAGAGCGCAGCCCAAAAGGUUGGUACCAAACUCAUCUUCCAUGGAAGGGAAACCACCCUCCGCUUCCAUCGAAUGAACAAGGAAGUCUGAGACGACUGAAAACGCUUACACAACGGCAUGGCCCGGAUUGGUUGUCAGAUCCUGGAAAGUGGCCCAAAGACAUCGUUACUGCGCCGAGUGUUGAGUCGGAGAAGGAAUCGAAGGUGAUAAAACAGAUCGUGAACGUGGCAGUCGAACACCAAACAGACGACCUUGAUGACCUUCUUACGAAAACCUGA